UCCCUUUGGAGUCAAUCCAAUAUGGCGUCCUACUUGGUUGCCUUGACUGCAGAAGGUGGUAUUCCUUUGUUUACAAGAACCAAAGGAGACUUGCCGCAGUUGCCAUUUCCAAAGCUUGGCUCCUUAAAUGGUGUUCAUAUGUUUGCAAGAAACCAAAAUGUGAAGCUUGUCAACACUAUCACACAAGGUGAUGCAAAAAUUGUGUGGAGGAUAUUUCACAAUAGUGUUAUGCUAAUUCUUGUUACAUCAAAUGAUGAUUCAAGUGACAUCCAUGCUCUCAGUCUUCUGGAUCUCAUCUUUAACGCUCUAGUGUUCCAUGUUGGUAUAAAUGGUGUUAUAGCAGCACAAAAUGUUGAAAAACAAAAACGGGAUCUUCGGGUGUGCUACAGUGUUGUGGAUCAUAUUUUGGAAGGAAGUGAUCUCUGUGGUUAUCUUACUCAGGCUGUAGAUGUGAUUCUUUGUCUUGAUAUAUCUGUGUUGCAGGAAUACCUUGAUGCUUUUGUUGAAGCUGUUAAUAGUGAAUUUGGUUGUUUGCUAGUGAUGGGAAAAAUUGCAGUUGCUUCAGGGAGAUGGUGGGAAUUGAGCAGUACAGAAUUGGUUUUGCUAUCACUUACUAUACAUUCUCAACCAGAAUGCUCAUCUCGAGAUAUGCCCAUAUUUCUACCACAAGGCAGCCCAAAGGUUGCACAUAGACUUGUCACUUUUCAGAUUCUUGAAGGCAUAGAAGUUUGUGUGAUAUGUGGACCAAAUCCUAGUUUGCAAGAAAUUGAACAGAAGCUCUUAUUUAACUAUUGGAAUCCCGCAAUGGAUACGCUUAAGCAAUGCCUUCGUUCUCAUCCCAGAAAUCUGACACCUAAUAUGUCAUUGGAUAAUGGAAUACUAGGUUUUAUUUUGGUUAAUACCGAUGAACGAAAAUGUUUAUGCAGUGUCUUUCCUGGAGGCGUGCACUCCAUCAAUAAUCAGGCAAACCAAGAUCUCACUAGACCACGUCGAAAAUCACUUUUAACAUCCUUCUAUAAGUCUGUGGUCGGAUCACUAUUCCCCUGCUCACUUACCACGGAAGACCUGCCAGAAUAUGCAGACAUGGAUAUCACGCAUGAUGCCAUGGAAACCUAUCAAUGUGCCGCUGACUAUAAGGCGUAUGCACUGAGAAAUGAAACGCACCAACUUUUCCUGUUGUUUGCGUGCAAUGUUCCGACGUAUGCACUAAGAAUGUUAACAGAAGAGACAUUAAAUCUUCUUACAAAGGAUCAUUUAAUUUAGCAAGUUAAUGGCCAUUGUUCUGUUACGCUUGUUGAGGCAAAGUUCGGCGUUCGCCCGCAAGCCGUCUAGAGUAGAGACAUGCCGUGGUCUUACGACUCGUCAACUGGCGUUCUUUUACUCGAAAAUAUGGUUAAACUUUCCAAAAAAAUUUUGGCUUCAAGGCGAUGAUGUGGCUACCGAUUAAAGCACUCAGUCUCAGGAGAUCCUCUGCUCACAGUACACCUGUUCAGGAUGAUGCGACUUUAAUCUGCGAAUAUCUGAAUAUGAAUCGCCACAAUUCGCAACCGUGGUUUGCUACCCGGUGUUUGGAACUCGGUGUGGCUAAGUAGGAUUGCUCACUGAUUUAUUGUAGGAA